AUGGUGGGCAACUCCAUCAACUGUAUUCCUGAACUUCGUCAGCACACUAAUUGCUGUGGCAUGGUCAACCACAUAGCUGAACCAAGUUUUUGGCAUGAGAUGCUUCAGAAAUUCUCUGUUCUUCUUUCAUCCUCUUUGGCAUGCUUUGGUGGAAGCUGUAUAGUUUCGUGGGGGGGAAAAGAACAUGAAAAAGUUCAAUCAAAUAAGAAACACAAAUUGAGCAAAACUCAGAAGAGGAAGAAGAAGAAGUUUGAGGAUGAGACUAAGAAGGAAAAGCGUAGGAGGGCUGUUCAAUUAUUGAAAGAAGGAUUGGAGGUUUCAUAUGAUGGGCUGUCCAAGAAACCUCAGAUGGAUGAAAUUCAUUUAGCACAAGCUGAUGAAGUUGAAGAAAAUGACAUUCAAAUUCAACCCAUUAGAUCAGUAGAAGUCUUAAAUACAACAUCAAUGCCUUUGGAGUCCUCUCUUCAUCGCAAUGAAGUUGACAACUAUAAAUAUGUUUCUGAAAAUCUUGCUGACAUUUCCAUUGUCAAGCAACAUGUUGAAGACAAAAGAAAGGAUUUGCCUAUAGUUAUGAUGGAGCAAGAGAUAAUGGAAGCUCUAAAUGGUUCCUCUACUGUUAUCAUAUGCGGAGAAAUUGGAUGUGGUAAAACAACUCAAGUUCCUCAGUUUCUUUAUGAAGCUGGUUAUGGUUCAAGUAAGGGUAUCAUUGGUGUUACUCAACCACGUAGAGUGGCUGUUCUUGCCACAGCUAAGCGUGUGGCAUAUGAGCUUGGUCUCCAUCUAGGGAAGGAAGCUGGUUUUCAAGUCAGAUAUGACAAUAAGAUUGCGUUGAGCUUGUCAAAUCCUUUUGUAAUGCAAUAUGAAGAUGUUAGCAGCAGAGAUUCAGAGUAG